GCCAGUCCUGCAUCUCCCCUGUUGGCCGCCGCCUAGAGCGCCGCCCCGCGCCAUCGCGUCGCUGCUCGUCGCGCGUGUCAGAUCGGGCAGUCACCGGCAGUCACGGGCAGUCAGAGACAGUGGCUAGCGCAGCUAGUGCAGCACUCGGAGCGCGGGGCAUGGCUGUUGUCCCGGCGGCAUGAAGGACCUGGACGCGGCCGAGCACGCCGGGGACGCAGUGGACGCAGUGGACGCAGUCGGCGACGUGCACGUCGCGGUGGACGGCUACAGUGUGGUGGACGGACUGGUGCCGAGCGACGAGCUCGCUCACGGACACCUGCAAAUUGAAGUCGGCGCGGGACAGGUGUACGCCGCCAACGGGCUCAACGGGCACAGCGGUCUCAACGGGCUCAACGGGCACGCCGCAGCCGUCGACCACGUGAGCCUUGUCAUCGAGGAGGACCCGAGCAUCACCAGAGUCAACGGAUUUGACGGAGAGGAGUUUGAAUCCAUCAAUAUGGCCAACUACGCUGCUAUUGUGCAAAAGGCACGUGAUGCCUUUGGAACUGGACGGACCUUGUCUUACGAGUUCCGAGUUAAGCAGCUCAAGAAUUUACUGCGCAUGUUUGAGGAAAAUGAUACAGAUCUCAUCAGCGCCUUGGAAUCAGAUUUGAGGAAGAGCAAACAAGAGGCCUGCAUUAUGGAAAUUGAGAUUUGCAAGAAUGAGAUUCGACAGACACUUCUUAAUUUGAAAGACUGGAUGCAACCAGACAGGCCUGAAAAAACUUUUGUGAAUAUGUUGGAUGAUGUUGCAAUUUACAAAGACCCCUAUGGAGUUGUUCUUGUCAUGGGGGCAUGGAACUACCCAGUUCAGCUAACAAUUUGCCCCGUCAUUGGAGCCAUGGCAGCUGGUAACUGUGCCGUGAUCAAACCAUCAGAAAUUGCAACUGCCUCUGCUAAGCUAAUUGCUGAUCUAGUCCCAAAGUACCUUGAUCAGGAGUGCUUCCCAGUUAUCCUUGGUGGAAUCCCAGAAACCACAGAACUCUUAAAACAGAAGUUUGAUUACAUUUUCUACACUGGUUCAACAACUGUUGGAAAGAUUGUACGAGCUGCAGCCAAUGAGCACCUGACACCAGUUACUCUUGAACUUGGUGGCAAGAGCCCUGUGUACCUUGAUGGUACAGUCAACAUGAACAUUGCUGUAAAGCGUAUCAUGUGGGGAAAGCUGGUAAAUGCGGGCCAGACUUGUAUUGCUCCAGACUAUGUGUUGUGCACCCGGGAAACUCAGGAAAAGUUUGUAGCGAAAGCAAAAGAGGUACUCAAGGAAUUUUACGGAGCCAACCCAAAGAAUUCUCCUGACUUGUGCCGCAUUGUUUCAGACAAACAAUUCCAGCGGCUGAAGGAGUAUUUGAAUUGUGGUAAAAUAGUGGUUGGUGGUGAGGUGGAUGCCUCAGACCGCUAUAUUGCACCAACUAUUCUUGUUGAUGUCAAGCCCACUGACAAGGUGAUGCAGGAGGAAAUCUUUGGACCCAUUCUUCCGAUUGUCAAUGUUGAGAAUGCAUAUGAAGCCAUCAAAUUCAUCAACAGCCGGGAAAAACCUUUGGCUUUGUACAUUUUCUCCGAAAAGGGAUCCGAAAAGGACCUUUUCUUGAAGAACACUACCAGUGGUGGCGUUUGUGUCAAUGAUACCAUCUUCCAUGCUGCAGCUGAGGGCCUUCCAUUCGGCGGCGUCGGCUGCAGUGGCAUGGGUGCCUACCACGGCAAAUUCACUUUCGACACCUUCACUCACCACAAGGGAACCCUCGUCAAGGACUACAACAUCAUUGGAGAAUCCCUUGCUGCUGGACGGUACCCACCUUACUCCGAGAAAGGCUUGGCCUUCCUUCGUACAUUAAUGAAGAAGCGACGAGGCGUCUCUCUUGCAUUCCUACAGUAUGGUGCUGUAUUUGGUCUGGGCAUGUUGGCGAUGUGGGGUGUUAGUGCUCUUCAGAAGUCCCAGGAGCACCAGUAAGGGGAAAAGCACACCAGCCUCCAGGGGGCCUACACUGCGGCUGUCAGCAUUCUCUCUAAAGGAGAUGGAAUUGAAUCUGACCUCUAACUACCCAACAAGUUCUGCUGUCAAAUAUCUCUAAUCAGUUUAACCAGCCCUUCCUUUGUUAAACAGUUGACAAUGGACAAUUUGUUACUGUGUUGCAGAAUUUUAGUCAGAUUUGUUAGGGUACGUGCUACUUGUGGCAUAUGCUGACAGGGUAACAACAUCUAUUUUGGUGCCACCUUCUUGUUUUAAGUUUCCUCAUCUAAAACUAUUCUUGCUUGUUCUUAGGUUUCUUUUUCUUUUCAAAUUUCUGUCUUAUUUUGUUUCUGUUAGAAAGCCCUUCUGCCUCUAGCAUGUGCCAUAACUUUUUUGUUCUUUAUUUAUAAGAUCCUUCAUUUUUGGCACUUAUUUCGAAAGCAGCUGUGCCUCUAGAUUACCUAAACCAUAAGGAAUGCUCUAUUAUUUUGUAAAGGAGGAAGGCGUUGUAUGAGUCAAUGAACUUUAAAUGUUGAGCUAGCUGAUCAAUGCUCAACUAUGCAUGCAUUUGUGCGGGCUAUAUUUAGUCACAAUCUCUGCAAAGGUCUUAGUAAGGUCUUGCUUUUGUUACCUCAUUAUCAUAACAAAGUACCUCAAUCUUGCCCUUUGAGUAUAAGAUGUUGCCAACAUUCCCUGGUUUAAAAGACAGCAAUUGCCAUUAGAAGUUUCUCCCCAUUUUCUGAGGAGACAUGAGCAUGUAAUUCUGUGUAUGAAGUAUACUAAAGAACUUUUACAAAACUUUGAGAUUUUUGACAAAAAUACAGCAAAAGGAAUGUGUAGUGUAUGUAUUGUUGCCAUUUGUUAACCCAGUGAUGCGAGCACUAUUGCACUUUCUAAAUUUGUCCUUAAAGCUAGAGUUACUGCUGUGCCAGGCCACCAGGAAAAGUUGAACAUUUGUAUUGUUGAUAAGAUUGUAUGUUUUAAAUAUUUUGCUUUAAUGCUCAAAAUAUUAUUGAGUGCUUGAGUGGUAGAUAUGUGUGAUUGUCUGUCAGUAUGGGACCAAAGAAGAAUGUCUUUUUUUACAAGUUACAAAUUUAUUGUGUGUUUUAUAUUGGAAAUAAAUGCAUUUUUACUCGUU